GAAAAUCUUUUCUUCUGCCAAGAAACCAUUUUUGAAAUAAUCAAAUCCUCUAAAGCUUUGUGUGUAUCUUAGUAAUUAUUUUCUGUGUUUAUUUCUUUUAUCACUUUUCUUUCUAUGUAUUUGUAUUGUAUCAACGAUUUACCAUUUCUUCUUCUUACUUUCCUUUGAAUCUUUCUUGAUUUUUAUUUCAAAGAUCUAACCUUAUAUUCUUUAACAGGUUUGCAUGCCUUUUUAUAUAAAUAUGUUUCAUAUGUUCUCACAAGUUUUGAUAUUACAAGAUCUGGUGUUAUGUGGAAUAGCAGGGAGGUGAAUAGUAACACUGGAAGAUUCAAAUGUUCUUAUCAUCCACUGAUGAAGGCUCUCCAAAUAAUCCAUCAUCUUCUUCCAGUUUCUUACAUCUGACCAACUCUAGUCAUGCGUUAGGUCAAUCACAUCUUUCCAGUUUCUCCAUCAGAGACUAUGCAUUUAGUUACCGGACCAAAAACAUUCAGAAAAGCUGGCCUUUUUCCUCAACAAGUUUGCAACUUUGUUUGAAACAUGGCUUAACUGAUCCAUUGCCACCGUUUCAGCCUCUUGGCUCUGAAGCUCAGCCAAAAGUAAUCCAUGUUGAAGCGAGAAUGUUAGAUAAACUUGGCUCCAAGCAUGCAUUAGCAGAGACUGAACAAGGCUUUUUGGCUAGUGGUUCAAAAUCCAAAGUCCAAGUAGCUAUCGUUAACAAGAAUCCAGGAAAAAAAUGUGGGUUAGUAGUGCAUGGAGUUUGUGUGAAUAGUGUAUCAAAAGAAGCUCAGGGUUCUCUCUUUUCAGCUUCUGAAUCCAUGGGGUUUAGAGCUUGUCCUAUCUGCAAAACUUUCUCAUCUGCUUCCAACACCACUUUGAAUGCGCACAUGGAUCAGUGUCUGUCUGUUGACUCGGACCAGCAGCCAAUGAGUAAGCAUAGGAAUAAGCCACGGUUGAAAGUUAAAACGUUGGUUGAUAUUUACGCUACUGCAAAAAGGUCAACAUUAGAAGAACUUGAUAAAAGAAACGGAACAAAGUGGUCUGUGGUUUCGAGCUACUCUAACCAGGUUGUCUCUGAUAAAAAGCAUGAAGUGUCCAAUAAAGUGAAAAAGAGGAGCGUGCUACGUGUUGGAAAUGAUGAAGAUGAUGGCAUUGGACCUGUUUACAUUGAUGCUGAGGGUAAAAAACUGCGGAUUUUAUCUGAUUCACCAAGAAAGCGUGUAGAAGAUGUCAGUGAGAAGAAAUCUUCUAACAAAGGUCAAGGGAAAAGACUUCGGUUUAAGAAACAUUACAAGCAUUGUAAAGUAGUUCCUCAAAGUAGAAAACUCACUGUUGGUGAAGGCAAUGCUUCAGAGCAGAUACCAGAGUAUCAAAGAGGUUAUUCUGAAGAAUAUAGAGCCAUGGAGAGGUCAGAAACUCCAGGUCCAAGCCAGCGUAGGAUUCUCAAUCAGCGGAUGGUAACAAGAAGUUGUCUUUCAAGGAAUGAAAAUAAGAAAGGGAGAAGCAUUUCUGAUUCAUUGUCAGCAGAUCCUCUUGUGAUAAGAGGUCCACGUCAUGCGAGUGUUGAUUUAUCCGAGACCGUUUCAACUUGUUUUAGGAGUCAAAACUCAUGGAGAAGUUGUGGGGAGAGCCAAGUCUCUAGAAAGAGCACUAAAAGUCCCUUGAGAUGUUCGAUGCCUGUGGAUAAGGUGUUUGCAUCUGCUCCAAAGGGCUUUUUGAAGUUAAAGAAAGCUCGGUUGGAUUUCUCUGAGAAUGAAGAUGAAGAUUCAGGGAGAUGGGAGUCUGAAAUGACUCAAGAACGUGAACUGAUAGAUUAUGAUGAUAAUGAAGAAACAGAUAAGGUGUUUCUAAGCUCGGAUCCUUCAGUUAGUAGUGGUGAAGAGAAUGAUUAUGAAGGCUGGGAAGUGACUGGUAAUAACAAAGUAGAUGAUGAUGACAUGUUGUACCAAACCAAUGAUGCUGAGUGUGAAAGCUCAUUCAUGGAGGUUGAUCUCAUUCCCAUUCCAGGACCUCCAGGCUCAUUUCUACCGAGUCCUUGGGAUAUGGAAACUGAUGCAACUGAAAAUCAUGUAAACUCUUCAGUUAUCACAAGCCAGUUCCAAUCUUCCCAUGACCAGCUUGAUCUCACUGACAGAAAAUCGUCUGAAUCACCUGAAACACAGACAUUCAGAGACAAUGAUCAGUCAUGUUGUUGCCAAAGGAAGGAGAAUGUUUUUGAAGAUACACCAUUUGGGAGACCAGCACCACACAUGAACCAACAAGAUUUGGAUCUAUCGAGUAAGUCUGUGUCCAAGACUCCUUCAGUUUCCAACCCGGUGUUGCGGCUAAUGGGAAAGGAUUUGAUGGUUAUUAACCAAAUAGAAGAUACCUCACAUGGACAUUCAAGUCUAAUACCAACCUCACAGUUUCAUGAUCUUUCUAAGACCAAACAAGUGUUUCCUCCUGUCCAUCUUCUUCAUGGUCCUUAUGGUGCAGAUAGUUCGCAUUUGGACAGCACCACAAGCUUUUACAACAUUCCAUGAAAAAUUAUAUCAAGACCUCUACUUAUAUUUCCAAGCAUCUACAUUCCAUGACAAUUCUGUUCCUCUCCAGCAAACUUCAUAUGUUUGAAAGAUUUUAAGAAGUUUUCUUAUCAACCAUUCAACCUCAAGAUUUUGUGAUUCUCUUAUAAUUAACGACUAGAUUAAGACUUGGUCAUUUGGCAAACUA